GUCGUCAUUGCUGCUCAUGGAGUUACAAAGCAGGUGCUGGAAUGCUCUUUGUUUACUGUUACCACUUGCGAGGUAUAUCUUAGGAGCUGGACUCCGAUAGUAGAAGAUGGCCGUUAACUCAGAGAUUCACGAUCUACUGCAACCUUCAAAAUGACUACACCUCUUAUCUUCGUGACCGGUGCAACCGGCUUCAUCGGUUCGCAGGUCGUCGCUACUACACUCAAAGCCGGAUACCGCGUGCGUCUGAGUAUCCGCAGAGCAGAGCAGGAAGCUACCCUGAGGGAACUCCAUCCUGGAUAUGGCGACAAAAUCGAAACAUGUGUCAUACCUGACAUCUCUCAGCGGGAAUCGUUCAAAGAUGCUUUUCAAGGUGUAGAUUAUGUUUUCCACCUUGCAUCUCCAAUCCCCGGCGGAGGAAACGACUUCAAGCAGGACUACGUUGAGCCCGCUGUCAGAGGCACCGAAGCGAUUUUGUAUGCUGCUUUGGAGUUUCCUCAGAUUAAGAAAGUCAUUGUAAUGUCUUCUGUGCUUGCGCUGGCUCCCGUGACUGCGUUGCUUACCAAGGAUAUCUCGAUAAAGGACAACACCGGAGAAAUUAUCCCCGUCGACAUAAACAUGUCUUUCCCGGAAGGUCCUCACGGCCACGCACUCAAAUACGCUGCUUCGAAGAUCCUUGCGCACCAAGCGACACGUUCAUUCUUGGAGAACAACAGUCCUCAUUAUAACCUGAUUACACUCCACCCAACAUUCGUCCUGGGACCUAGUAUGAUUCAGAAGAUCCCGGGCGAGCUUAGUGGCAUGAACGCGCUCUUCUGGUUGUCAAUUACCUCAGGCCAAACUCAAAUCGCCAAUGCUUGGGUGCAUGUUCAAGAUGUCGCAGAAGCACACAUCAAAGUGCUGGAGAAAGAUGUCCAGAGUGGAACAGAGUUCAUUCUAUCCAGACCGUCUGUAUCCUGGGAGCAUGCGGCGAAUUUUAUCAAAGAAAAGUAUCCAGAAGUGGAGUGUAAGCUAGAACCGCCUUUCGAGGGGCAUUGGGCGCUGGAUACCACUGCUGCUGAUCGCAUACUGGGUAUGAAGUGGAGAUCAGAGGAACAAGUUAUUGGGGAUGUUAUUGAGCAGCAGUUGGAGUUGAAGGAGGAUGCUCGUAAUUAGGCAAAUGGCGUGGAAAUCUUCUGUUCAUGAUGCUAUGUGGGUGUUGCUUCGGAAACUGAGGAUGGACAUGAGGGUAAGGUAAUACUCAAGGCUGAUAGCAAUGUUAUAACUAAUAACUAAUUCUGUGAUCAAAAUGAUAUCUUUUGGGCCGGAG